AUGCACGAUGCUAUAAGGAGAUAUCUCAUCAGCAAAAAGCAAGGUGGUCAAAGUGCGGUGCAGUUUAUCGACUUCAUUCUUCAUGCCCAACUUCCUAUCACUUUGCUCAUCAUACCCGCUAUCCAAAACAGGGUGAAGCAAAAACCCUCAUGUGAGCAGGAUACACAAUGGCAAGCUGAAAUUAUCGAAAGGAUGGAAUCGAAAGAGCAUUACACACUUCCCCUAGGAGCGAUGCUGAACAAUUGCCAAGUUGAACUGGCUCAACUGAAGGAUGAACUAGCUACUCGGCCUCUGGAUCUUCCACGCUCUUACACCCCAACUGCCCCUGAUCCCCAUUCUGACUCUUCAAACGCAUCUACCAUUCAAAAGAAGGAUAGAAGAGCAAGCACUCGGAAACCUCCUCCGAUCAAGGAAGGUACCGAAGGAACAAUUCUUGAAGAUGUCGAAGAUGAGAGCGCCGAAUCCGCGCAACAACCGUCGACGAGCGCUAGAGUCACAAAAAGUCCGAGCGUACCGCUUAGCAAGGUAAAACGAUAACA